UCACAAAGACCUGUUUAGCAGCUUUUCUUGUCGACAAGAUUUAUAAUGAACCAAAAGUGGAUUCUGAUUCUGGUGUUUUAUAUGGAAUUGACUCUUGGAUCUGAGGAGAAAAUUAUAAUAGAGAACCAAGAUGUCGAUAUCACAUGCAAGCCUCCUGAGGCGGGGAGUAUGAUCGUCUGGUUUCGAGUCCUGGACAAAUCCGGCAUGGAAUUCAUUGCAUCUUUCAGUAACACUGGCAUCCCGAAGUCAUCAGGCUCCUGCUAUUCAUACUUCAGUAACUCAAAGAUUUCACAGUCAACCCUAACUUUGAAAUCCUUUGACAAAACCCGUGACAGUGGCGUGUACAGCUGUGCUGCUAUUAAAAGUAACGAACUGAAAUUUGGCGACAUGACCCGACUGGUUGGAGAAAAAGAUGCAGACCCCACAAAACCACCACCAGCCCCGACGACGACCAAGCCAAGUCUCCCCACAACCACCACGGCCUGUGUUUGUGACAACAGCCACUCGCAAGCGGAAACCAGUCCUGAGUUGCUUUGUAAUCCGCUUAUACUGGGCCCACUUGCUGGGAGCUGUGGCCUUUUGCUGCUGCUGCUCAUCAUCACCACCUUGUACUGCAACCACGUAAGAACACGGAGAUGCCCACACCAUCAUAACAGAAAGCCACGGACCCAGCCUCCUGGAAAACUGAUGACCAACGUGCAUGUUUAAUCCAAAUGGUACUGCUUCACUGAUUGUUCUUUAAACUGCAAUUAUUUUACAACGUUAUUUCUACAAAAAUUUAUUUCAUUUACAGUUUAAUGGCAACUUCAUGGGGAAUUACUUACCGCCAACCUAAAUCAGUGAUUGACAGAAAAUGUGUUUAUUUAGUGCAUCAAAUCUUUUCAUUGUCAUUAACUGCACUGCAAUUCGACGACUGAUGACGCUGUGCUGUCACAUUCAGAUCGAAUUCUUGUAAUUAAAUAACUUGAAUAAAAAAUCUGAUCCCCAUGAAUGUUGAUAAACUGUUUAAUUCCUGAGAAUAUUAGAAUUCAGCGUGCUAAUUUGUUACUUUUCCUAACAUUUGCAAAUAGAAUUCAUUUUGCUUUUCUAUAAAGUUCAUUUACAAUCUAUGCCUUUACCUUUUUCACCGCUUACUUUUUUCAGUGUGUCUAACCUACAUUGAUCUGUGACUUUAAUUACAGUACUAUCCCUCAAGACAAAAGUUAAGCAAUUUAGCACAGUUAAGACCAUAAUUUGCUGAUAUUUCUUGAAAUGCUAAAAGCUUUUAAAACAUUUAUUUAGUUGAGGUUUUUUUUCUUUAUUCCUUCAU